UAAGCGUUAGAUCGGGGGUCUGAAGUUAUGGCACGCUUUAUUUCUUCACGAGCAAAUAGUGCUCAAGUGUGCUGUGGCCCACAGCUUGUAAUAACAAACACCCUGCUCGUGUUUCUCUACUUAUCUAUCGGCCAGGAUGCACUGGCAGCUCACAGUCACGCAACAAGAAACCAUCACUUGCUACGAUGAUUUGGGCAAUCCAAAAACGCACGGUUUAGAGCAGAGAUAUGUCAGUCCUUCCACUGGGGUCUGUCGAAAGCUCGUCGUGCAAGCCGUCACUCCCCUCGGUAAAUCCGAAGUCGCCAUCAGCAGCCACACCAACCAGGCAAGCAAAAUCGCCAUUUGGCUGCUAGCCAAUUCUCCCAUACGAGGGUGGAUUAUUUUUAAAUGGAUAGCCGUAUGGCUUUGGUUUACGUUGAAGCUCUUGUGGACGGUCGUCUGGCUGCUCGCACAGUUGUUCUUUCUCGUCGAUUUGGCAGAUGAUACUGGGGAGGAUACGGACGUUUAUAACACUGGAUACUACAAACCGUAUGCUCGCGGGUUCCAGGGUCAGCUAUGGGCAGCUCGUUCGCCUAUGGAGCAUUCUUCGCGCAUUAUUGAGGAGGGCGAGAUGGAUAUCCCUACACAUACCCUUUAUCCUCGAGUUCUUAUUAUCCGCGACCCGAUCCAAAACGAGUGGGUCACAUGUACAGAUCGUGAUAUCAUUAUCCAUACCAAAUUCAUUGCCAUCUCUUACCGCGCCGUUGAUGCCUUCACUCGAGGCCCAGAUCAGGAGACAGAAAAGGCUCAAUUCGUAGAGGAGGUUCGCGCAGCGGUACUCGAACAGAAAUACGAUGCGUAUUGGCUCGACUUGGAGUGUAUAGGAGAGACGCCGUCAGAGAAGAAUCGAGAUUUGUACUGCAUGGCGGAUGUCUACCGUGGAGCAGAGGUGACUUUGAUCAUGCUCGGCAAAUCUGCGGCUGGGGUGAAUGAGUGCUGGAGAGGCUGGGGCGAACGGGUGUGGACUAUGCCCGAAGCCCUCCUGAGCUCUCGCCUUUGCUACAAGUUCCGAGAUCGAGAAGUGGUCACACCGUUGUCGCUGUUUGAGCUGGCCAACCUGGCCUAUACAAACUACGAUAUCGAACAGGCUAUCAUCAAUGCAUACAGCGGGAAGGAUCCGCUUGAGAGGCUGGAGCGCUUGACGCUGUUGAAAUCAGCUAUUUGGCGGCGCGGUACGGCAGCUCUAGCACCAGGUGUUGCUCCUCCCCCGCCAAAGCUGGAUAUGAUAGGCGAGAAGUCUGUCACCAGUGGGGCGUACAAGGCUGAGCGUGUGUAUGCACUGAUGGGCUUUUUUGAGCAUCGGAUUCAGCCAAACCGCUCGGAGGACGAUUUGCACGCUCUUGUGAGGCUGUCAAUGGCCAACGAUAAUGACCGUAUCGCUGAGCGCAUGGUAUCCAUGCUUCCCUCGACCAUUACCAAGACGGCGUGUUGGUACUCUGACGACGAUAUCUACAGCGCAAACCUUUGGGAUAUUCUACCGGAGAUCCAGGUCGCUGGUAUCACAGAGAAUGGAGCUCUUGUGGUUGAUGGGUGUCGGGCGGCAUCCAUCAGAUGGAAAGAUUUCCCAGAGGUUGCGUUUGAGACCACAGACUCGUUAAGGAGGACCAUUAUCGGUUUCAUUCCGUAUCUCUCGUGGCCAAUUCUUAUCAUCGGGCUAGGUAUUGUGAUGAUCAGCCUAGUGGGAGGCGCCACGCUCAUCGCAAUCGGAUUCUUGCUCCUCGUUAUUUCCCCUCGGCUGUUCGUUUUCAGUCAAUCUGGGCGUAUCGUCAGCGCCCAACCAUGGUUCAUCGGAGUGAAAGGGGUCGUCAGUAUCAAAGAGGUGGAGAAGCACUUGUACGGUGGCGCCAGAGGACAUUUCCCAAGAAUGUAUUUCACGCCGAGCGGAUCACAGUUCUCGAUCCCAGAACGAGGCGUGGAACGAGGAGGUUCACUCAGACAAUACGACUAUGCCAAACUAGCGGAUAGUGGACCAGAUGCAGGACACAUCUAUACACUCAUUGACACGUCCUCAUCGACGAUGUACUAUUUCCGUGCGGAACGACCGCCAACAGUGUGUAUAUUCGCCGGACGGGAGGGAGGGCUUGGGAGGUUUGUGCUGUGUUCGGAGAAGUGUGGUAUCAAUGAGUUGCAUAAGGAGAGCGUGUUGAGGAUGCCGACGGAGAUCAGUCAGAAAAUGGAGUUGUCUGGAUGGAUCGCGCUUGGAUGAGAUUGUUUUGCUAGGACGUUUCACUAUCUUUUGUCAGAACCUUUCACUAUCCUUGAACAUGUACUUUACCGAUAUCCUUUAUCUAGUACUAUAGCAAUAUAUUAUGCCGAUUCACUGUAGAAUGUUGUCGCAAUAUUGAGGUAGCUUUUGUUAAGCCCCAUAAUGAUGAACAUUUCGACUCUGAUUAUUCUUAUAGGAU